CCGAGGGAGCGUCGCGACGAUCGACGAGCGGCUAAAAAUCAGCUCGGACCUCUCUUUCCAACUCCCCCUCUUUUUCUCUUUCUCUCUCUCUUCCGAUUCGUUUUAGCUUUACACGCAUCGACCGCUAAUUAGAACAGAGAGGUCUAGAGAAACAAUCAGGACCGAUAGCUGACAGAUCGCUCGACGAUCGCACGCUACCCCCCUCCACACAGUUCGAACAACCCUCCUCGAGUACCUUUUUUUUUUUUUUUAACAUAAUAAUUCCCAAAUUUCGACCGUGUUAUAACAACGGCUGUAACGUUGUAUGGUGGUUCGCGCGAGCGAGUUUCAACUUCGAACGAAGAUAUAUAAUUGAAAGAAGAAUAGAGUGAAGUAUAAUACAGCAGUGAUAAGGAGCAAGUUUCGCGAUCCAGCUGGAGCGUAUUGUCGGAAGCUGUGGAUAGAAUGACGAUCGGUGUCAUCGAGAUAGUCGAAGUGAAGUCAUCGAACAGACGUGUCAGGGUCGUGAGACACGAAGCAACGCUUGUCGGUUUAUUUUUGCGCCCCUGUCACCGUGUACACCAGCGAUAUCACGACAACGAUAAAUAACGCAACGGCGAUGCCAACGUGUGACAGGUCGACGCGAUCGGCAAUGAAAUAAAAAUCGAUCGGUGACUAAGUAUCAAUGCGAGUACAGAACCGCAGGACACGGAAGAAUCGAUGCAUCGAUUCGGAUUUCAUCCACCUUUUCGUCCCUUAUUUAGCUCUCGUAUACGAAGCACGCAACUGUCGCGUUUCGUCUGGGAUGGUUGGUUUGACAAACUCGCGAGUGAUUAUUGGUGGUGACUGCUGUUGUUUCGCGAGUGGUGAAUCUUGAUUCAAGGAGGAAGAGCGUCGAACUAACGUGUGACAUGGGGAGCGAUUGCUGCAAGUGCGCCAAUGGCAACAAACCUGCCAUUACGGGGUCGUUUAGAAACCGUUCUGGAUACCGGCUACGCGGAGAUGUACCGAUACCAUCCGAUCGAUACAGAGUACAAAUGAGAGGCAACGUCGUCCAGUUGACUCUGAAGCAAUCACAAAAGGACGACACAGGACACUAUGCUCUGGUGGCUACGAGAGUCGAUCAAGGAUUCGACAAAGGAUCUUCCAAGAAAAUUCACCUCAGCAUCGAUGAAGCUUCGGAAGAGGGUGAUCCACCAGUCUUCUUACGAAGAUUGACAGAUCUUGCAGUUAAAGUUGGCACCAGGACCAGAUUCCUCGUGGAAAUCCGGAGUUCGACCACGCCGCAGAUCACUUGGCACAGAAAUGCCGAGCCGGUCCACGCGGGUUCAAGAUUCUCUUUCGUCCACGAGGGAAAUUUCUAUUGCGUGGAUGUGGCACCUGUCACGGUCGAGGACGAAGGACACUGGACCUGCAUGGCGGAAAAUCGAGGCGGACGAUCAUCCUGCACCUCCCGUCUUACCGUAAUCGUUCCAAAAGCGUACAAAAGGCCAGAAUUCGUCGAGGAGCUUCGAGCUCUUCUUACAGAGACAGGUACGGUGUCCUUGGAGUGUAAAGUAGUCGGUGUACCUACGCCGGUGCUAAGAUGGUUCAAGGACGACAAAGAAAUCAAGGCUGGUGAUGUCUUCGCUUUAACUGCCAACCUCGAUGACCCAACCUCCCUUGGCAUUUAUACUUGCGAGGCAGUAAACUGCAUGGGAACUGCUUAUUCUUCUUCAAAAGUACAUGUGGUUGGGAAGGGCAGUAGGGAAGGUUCCUUGAAGCCAGCAGAUUCCUUAACACCGUCCGGUCCUCUUCCUACUUUCACGAAGAUUCUGCAGGACGAAUGUUGCAGGAUUGGGGACACUCUCCGGCUUUCUUGCCAAGUUCAAGUACCACCAUGGCCGAAAGCAAUUACGUGGUACAACAAAGAAGGACGCAUCGAGCCGAGCGAGAAAUACCACGUGAUGGAAGAUGGCCUUGGUGGCUACUUUAUAGAGGUAAGCCCUGUGGAAGCCAUGGACGAGGGUGAGUGGAAGUGCGUCGCCACGAGCGCUGAAGAUAUGAAACAGUUUACUACUUGCUACGUUGCAAUGUCCAUUCCAAAGAACUACAGGAAACCCCGCUUCAUGGAAAGCUUGAAAGCUGUCCUGACAGAAGAAGGUCUGGUGUCCUUUGAGUGCAAGGUCGUAGGAUUCCCCACGCCAUUGCUGAGGUGGUUCAAAGACGGCCAGGAACUAAAACCAGGAGAUGUUUAUCAAUUAACCGGGACCAACUCCUUAGGAUCCUAUUGUUGCAUCGCAAGAAAUUGUAUGGGAGAAGCAAAAAGUACAGCCGAAUUAACGAUCGAAGAUAUACAAAAUCAAUUAAACGAAGAGGAACGUCUGCAACUUUUAAGCACAAAUCAGCCGCCCAUUUUCAUCAAAGGUCUUAGAAGUUGCGAAGCGAGAAUUAACGAAGAUUUCCGAUUUACGGUGCAAGUCAGUAUUUCGCCCGAGCCAAGCCUAGCUUGGUACAGGGACGACCAGCCAGUGGAGGAGAACGAGAAGUACCAGGUUGCCAAGGAAAAUCUUGGCACUUGCCAUCUCGACGUACAAAAGCUCGAGUUUCUCGAUCAAGCCGAGUGGAAGUGUGUAGCUUCCAACGACCACGGUCAAAGCGUCACUUCCUGUUUUCUCAAAUUAAUCAUUCCCAAGCACUACAAGAAACCCAAGUUUCUUGAGAGUUUGCGCGCCAUAUUAUCGGAAGAAGGCGCGGUAAAUUUAGAGUGCAAAGUGAUCGGUGUGCCUCAACCGAUUCUCAAAUGGUACAAGGAUGGCGUCGAGUUAAAGCCAGGAGAUAUUCACAGGAUCAUUUCUGGACAAGAUGGCACCUGUUGUUUGGGCACUUACACCUGCGAAGCGACAAAUUGCAUGGGAACUGUCAGCAGUUCAGCGUCCCUUCUUGGCUUCGAAGAUAAACUCCCGGUUCAAAAAGAAGCGAAAGAACCACUGUCACCAAACGGUCACGAACUCGCCAGGAACUUGUCACUUUCAACGAUUCACGAAGAAAGAACGUCCCAGUUAUACGAUACACCACAAACCGAUCAUUCCGUCACGUUAGACGAUCGAGGAGAAGUAUCCUUCAGUUUCGAUGGUAAAGAGGUUUCCGUUAGCUUAUACGAAACACCUGACCUCACCGAGGAAGAAGCUCUUCAGAUCGUUGAGAUGUACGCUGAUCAAUUAUCCGAACACGUAACAGAGCACAACGUGAUCGAACUGCCGCCAAUGCGAUUCGUUAAGGAGUCUUCGAAUUCCGGAAACCUGUUAAUGGAAGCAGUGGUGAUCGACGUGUCUCCGGAUUAUUUCGUCAGCGCUGAAGAUGGCGACGAUCUUCGUACAGAAGCCGACUUCGAGGACGUAUCGAUCAUGGACGACGUAACCCGUGUCUUUUCCUCCCCGGAUCAAGACUCUCGCAGUUCUUUAAAACGAUCUGCCAGGUAUAGCCUGGAAGAAGAUGACAAACCACCGACGAGACCUCCGAGAAAAAAAUCGAGCUCCUCGUCCAAAAGCGAAAAGAGCGAAAAGAGCCACAAAAUGGAAUCAGAAAGUUUUCACAGCGCUCAAAAAGACGAACCAUUUUCACCGGUGUCUCCAAUGUCACCGGUUUCCUCGUUGAAACAAGACGACAGCGACACUUUCGCUGAUGCGCUGUCUUCAGCAAGACUUUCCAUUUCAGAGAAUCAAGUUCAAAGAUUGUACGAGGACGGACGAGAAAGGAAACGCAGUCUGAGCGCAGAGAAAACAGCUGGCUCGAGCAUAGACGAUGGAAUAGGCGGAGAUUCUUCCUUCGAUUCCGUCACCGGUGCCCCAAAGAAGAAAAAACACCGAAAGAAGAAGCAUAAAAGAGAAAAAGGUAGCUCGGAAGAGUCGUCCAUUGGCAGCGAAAUCGAUGGAAAACGAAGAAAAAGUGAGUCAACAGGCGCCAAUACCGAGAUGCUUCAACGUAUAGAGUCUAUAAACAAGACCGAAGAACCAUACGUAGAAGACGUGGCUGAUAAAUCUAGCGAGAAGAAACAGACGACCAGUGAAUCUGAAAAAUCAUUAUCGAAAAGUAACAAGGAAAGAUUGUUGGACAAUAUGAGGAGGCUGAAAGAACCUGUUUUUAUCGUUAGAGACACUUUAGUGAGCAUCGACAAUCUGGAAACUAAAUUGAACGCUGGUAGCGAAGAAGAGUGUAAGAUGAUCGUGACGAAGAACGUUAUCAAACCUAUUCAAAACUUAUGCGAAGAAGUGUCUUCUAUAGAGUCAAAGGCAUUGAAGAACGCGGGCGAUAGAUCUUUGAAUCAAACCAUUCGAAUUUCUUUAUUGGAAGCUAUCGGUGGUCCGACAGAAGAGCUUCUUCGUGGAAUGGAAUUAAUAGAACGUCAGGAAAACGUGAAAAAUCGUAAGAUGGAUUUAAUUGCGAUUUUGGAAAGCCUGACGGACCCAGUGGAUGAGAUUCUUAUGGGAAUCACGAAGCUCGAACAUGAGCUAACUGGACGAGCAAAGGGCGAGAGACCGAUCGCUUUAAUCAGGAUGAUUUCUGCAGUUUCUAAGCUCGAUGAAAAUGUCAGGAAUGUUUUAACUGUGGAUAAACGAACUACAAGAUUGGUAGCGAGCUUGGAGGAUAUUCUCAAUACUUUGGAUCUCUUUUUGAGCGACGUUUCCGUGGAUCCAACUAAAGGAACGAUAGAAACUGUGGAUACGGUAGUCGUUGAAUCUCUUUCGAAGUCUAUAGAAGACAUGGCGCGAGCUCUCAGUAGGUUUUCCAGCAUCGAAGCAAAAGCAGACGGUGCUUCUAAAAUUGCAGAAGAACUUAUUCCUCCAACGCGCGAAUUAAAAGCAAAAUUAGAUACGUUAAAGUCUGCCUUGGAGACUUACGAAACGAGGGGCAUCUUAUCUGAGCAUCGAACGAAAUUGAUCGAGUCUCUUCAAGAAUCCGUUGAACAAACAAUCGUUGAAAGUCAAAGAGUAAAAGACAAGAAGCCAAUGGAAGAUCAGAAAAGGAUAGUCGAAGAGCCUAAGGAAGAUAUUCUGAAGGAAGUGAGAUUGAGCCUUCAGGAAACGUUGAAAACGUACGAAAACAUUGCUGAUACUCUGGAUCCUCGACUCUGCUCCAUUUUCGACCGAAUUGACGAGAUGUACAGAAGACUGAGGACACCACAAAGACGAGAAAUUGGCCUGGAAUCUCUAACAAAUCUCGAAGGUCCUUUGUAUUCUCUUCAGUGCGCUUUAACCUCGAUUUCCACCGCGGAGAAUUCUGAAACGAUAUCAAAACUCCUGGAACCUGCCAUUUCUCAGUUGAAAUCAACAAUAACUAAUUUGAACGAGAAUUCUUUGCAGUAUAUAUUGGAAAUGGUUAAUAACAUCGAGCGGAUUAUUUAUAAAACGGACAGCGAAUUGGAAGAAAGUACAUCUUCGAAAUCGAUACAGGAACAGCCUCACAAUUUGACAGAUAGAGUCCUGGAUCCUUUAAUAGAUGUUCAAGCAGCUUUAAGCACUGCUCUACAAAAUAUAGAAGACGUCGAAUCUGUUACAAACGGAGCAGCUAGUUCUCAAAAAUUAUUAGCUUCUUCCGAAAUAGCUGUUUGUCUCGUAGAGCUCAGACAAUAUAUAUCUGACGCGGUUCAUACAGCAAUGACCUUGAGGGAAGAUGAAACGAUAAAUAGCUUGAUAGAUUUGAAGGAACCAUUGCUGGAUCUUCAAACGGCUCUUAUUUCCAAAGGAAGGACUUUCCAGGAGCUUCCAGUGAUUCGUAAAAUGUCGAUCCCAGUAGAAAAGCUGAAGAUCGUUGUAUCGAAAGCAUUAAAACACUCCGCGUCACAAGAAGAUAUCAAUUCGAUGAAAGAUCUUUGGAAAAUGAUAGAAAAGAUUGAAACUCAAUUACCAAAGACAAUAUCUCAGUUAGUGGAGGCUGAAGAAGCGACAAAACAUAUUUUGGACAGUUUGAACGUCGAUCAGAAUCUCAGUAAUAUUCACUUUGCUUUGUCUUCGACGUUAGAAAGGCAAGAAAAGAGCUAUCCUAAUUAUACCUCGUGUCUAACAAUAUCUGUAGAAGAUCUAAGGCAGAAUAUUGGAUCUUCAGCGGUAGCGAUUGCUAAUUUAAAGAAUCCAGUGGACGAACAGAUUGUAGAACAGGUUUCUUUAUUAAAAGAAUGUCUGUUGAGUCUGCAGAGAUCUUUAUUGACCCAAGAACAUGAACCUGAAGAGGAGCAAAUUUUAAAAGAUUUAAUAAAUCCAAUCGAGAAAUUGAAGAGACUGGUUCAAACUAUGGUAAACACCGACGCAAGAACAGACGUAAUUCUUCCAGUUUUGGAAUUACUCGAAGAAAUAGAGAAAGACACGCCAUUGAUUGCAAGGGAGACAUCAAAAAAGAAAGCUAAAAGAGAAGCAGAAAAAUUAAUUCCGAAAAAGGAAGAACCAAAGAAACAGAAAGAUCAGUCGUUUGGUUUAGCAGAUAGGAUCUCUCGAUCCUUAUAUCCUAUGAAACAUUGGUUAUCAAACACAUCUGAAGAAAGCACGAAGGACGAAGAAGAAUCUGCUUUAAGUUCAACCGUCGACGAAUUGAAGAAAGACGUAAACAAAAUUGCUAUUGAAACAUCGUAUUCUGAACCUCCAAGUGACGAAAAUUUGAUAGAGGCAUUGGUAGAUCUUCGUGAACCUUUAACAAGGUUACGAAAUGCUAUAUCGAUGUACCACGAACCAGCAGAUUUGACAACUUUGGAGGAAUUGGGCAGACCAAUGAAGUAUCUCCUGCAGACUAUCAUGGACAUUCUUAAAGACCACCCUGAAGAAGAAACACUUCGACCUAUAGUGGAUAUCGUGGAAGAAAUUGAAAAUCAGAUACCUAUUUCUAUCAAAGAGGCUCUUUACAGGAAAGAAUUGAAAGAAAUGGUACAAUCAAUGACUCAAGAGAAGAUGGUGGAAGCAACGACGUCUCAAGAAACCAUUCAAGAAGAGUCCAUUCCUCAGGAGACUAUUCUUCCAGAAAGAGAAGAAAUUACAGCACACGUUUCUCAAGAAACCAUUCCUGAGGCAACUCUAAUGGAAAGUACUACGAUAUUGCUUGAAACGCAGUUUACUGAAUCGAUAGCUGAACAGACUGCAGUCGAAGAAAGUUCUCAAAGAACAGAACAGUUAAUUACAACGAUAGAGGAAUUACCAAAGGAAAAGAAAGAUAUGAAGAAAGCGAAGAAAGAAGAAGAAGCAAAGAGCUUGGUUGUUUCUUUGUUCAAAACGCUGGAAAGUGUUCAGAUAGAUAUAACAGGGAUUUUGGAAGAUUUUGAAGAACCUACAGCUGGAACUACCAUUGUUCCAGUUUCUAUAUUAGCUAAUUCUGUGGAAGAACUUAUGAAGACGAUUUCUGAGAUGAGAGUGACAACUGGAACCUAUGGAACAUCGAUUAAUUCCUACGAAGAAAUAGUUAGUCAGACUGUAUCUGUGCUAAAGAACCUUCUCCAGCCUUUGAACAAUCUUCAGAAAGUCCUGCAGCAGUCACACCAGCAUGGUGCCCAAGAACUAUUAAUCUUGAACCAUUUAAUUCAUCCAUUGAACGUGAUCGAAUCCGAAGUGAUCAAUAGUGCAAUCGAGAAGCUUGAUCAAAAUUCUGAUCUGAAGAAAAAUUGUGAACCUAUUUUGAAUCUUCUUAGGGAUAUCAAAGAUACGGUACCAAUCGUUGUGAAAGAUAUUCAUUCUAGGCAAGAGCUUCUUGGAUCUCUUCGUGAGAUCUCGAAACCUUUGGAAAAUAUCGAGGAACAAAUGAAAAUUCUUGAAGCUCAAGCUGAUGUUACUCUGGAGACAGAUGUAGCCAGAAUUCUGGUGAAGCCUUUGGACUAUUUACUAAACACAGUAAACGUGACUUCGCAAGAGCUUGAGCUCUUAGAUCAGCGAAGAGAAAUUAUUGUUGAAUUCCGAACUCUUGUUGAACCUUUAGUGGAAUUUUUGAGCAGUCUUUCGGUCGUUCAAAGUAGCAGAAAAAGUUUAGUUCCAGAAUCAGCUUUGUUGGACGAAAGACGAAGCGUUAUUUCAAAGGCAGUCGAAGGUUUACAAAGACAAACUUCAACCAUUUUGGAAAGAAUUUCUAAUUUAGAAGGAGCCACACUUUUUGAAGGUGCAUUGAGUUCACUGAAGAAUGCUACUAUCUCUGUUCAACAACAAAUUGGUGGGACUGAUUAUUCAAGAAGAUCUAGCAACGAAUUUACUCUUCAAUAUAAUCUGUCGAGUUCGUUUAAUCAUUUGAAGAAUACAAUUGCAGUUUUGGAUAAGAAUGUGGAUAAAUCUGUUCAUCAAGUGAUUUCGAAGUCGUUAGAAGCUUUAGAGAAGCAAAUUACGUUAUCAGAAACACAUUUCAUGCAAACGUUCACUGAGCAAGCGGUAGAUGAAGAAGCUAUCGUUGAAGGAUUUUUGUAUCCGACUAAUCAACUUAGGUCAGCUUUGAAUGUAUUAAAGGAAAAAAUUAAUCAGAAAUCGAUAUCCUCUGUUUCCGUCCAGACUGUGACUCUUCUUCAGGCUCUGGCUAAUUCUACGACAGAGUUGGCUUCCUCUUUGUCUCUUCAUCGGGUCAGGUUAAUAAGAGAACGAGCUUCUGAAGGUUCUUCGCUUGUCGAAACCUUGUCUGCUAUGGUGGAUGUUUUGGAGAGUGUGAACGAUUCUAUAAGAGAAAUUGAGAUGGUGGCGAAUGUAGAGAAAACUAUGACAGAAGAGAAAGAAGAGAAUAUUUCACCUGAUGUCCCUAUUACUAUUACACAGAUUGAAACUAUUGUGGAUGAGAUUAUUGAAGUUUCAAGGGAAGAAGUGGAAAGUGUGUUAACAAUUGAAAAAAUACCACCUGAAGAAGAACGAUUGAAAAUAGAGGAAAUAGAAUCUGAAGAGAAAAUUCAGGAGUUUCGAGAACAAAAAGCAGGAAAGAUUAAAGGUCCGGAAACAACGAAAGAAGAAAAGGUCGAUACCUUCGAAGCAAUGAAAGAGGAAACAACAAAAGCGCGUGAAACAACUGAAGAGGGAAAGAUCAAAGUUCUUCAAGUAAUGGGAAAAGAAAAAGUUGAAACUUUUGAAGGAGUGGCAGAAGGAAAAGUCGAACUUCUUGAGGGGACAACAGAAAAGAAAGCUCAAGCUCUUGAAGUAACUGAAGAAAGAGAAACCAAAGUUCUCCAAGUAAUGGGAAAAGAAAAAAUUGAAAUCCUUGAAGGAGUAACAGAAGGAAAAGUCGAACUUCUUGAGGGGACAACAAAAGAGAAAGCUACAGCUCUCGAAGUAUCUGAAGAGGAAAAGAACAAAGUUCUCCAAGUAAUGGGAAAAGAAAAAGUUGAAACCCUUGAAGAAGCGACAGAAGGAAAAGUCGAACUUUUUGAGGGCACAACAGAAGAGAAAGCUAAAGCUCUUGAGGUAACUGAAGAAGGAGAAACCAAUGUUCUCCAAGUAAUGGGAAAAGAAGAAGUUGAAACCCUUGAAGAAGCGACAGAAGGAAAAGUCGAACUUUUUGAGGGCACAACAGAAGAGAAAGCUAAAGCUCUUGAGGUAACUGAAGAAGGAGAAACCAAAGUUCUCCAAGUAAUGGGAAAAGAAAAAGUUGAAACUCUUGAAGGAGUGGCAGAAGGAAAAGUCGAACUUCUUGAGGGGACAACAGAAGGGAAAGCUCAAGCUCUUGAAGUAACAGAAGCAGAGAAGGUCAAAGUUCUUCAAGUAAUGGGAAAAGAAAAAAUUGAAACCCUUGAAGGAGCGACAGAAGGGAAAGUCGAACUUCUUGAAGGGACAACAGAAGAGAAAGCUAAAGCUCUUGAAGUAACUGAAGAGGGAAUACUCAGCACUCUCCAAAUAAUGGGAACGGAAACACUUGAAUCUCCUGAAUUGGUAGAAGAAGAACUUGAUGUUCUGAAAGAAAUGAAAGAAGAAACAGUUAUGGCUCUUGAAGCAGCAACUGUAUCCCCUGAAUUGGUACAAGAGAGUAAAGUUGAAAGUAUUAAAGUAAUGAACGUCGGAAAAGUCGUGUCGGUUGAAGGAAUGAAAGAAGAAAAAGCUGGAGAUCUGGAGAUAACGAAAGAAGGAGAAUCAGUAGUAAUACACAAAUCAACAGAAGAAUUGUCGAAAGCAGUGGAAAGGGUUGAAGUGUUUUCCGAAGAGAUAACAGAAGGUGCUGGCCAAAUAUUAUUUGAUAUGACAGAGAAACUAUCGAUAAAAGAGGAAGAAGUCGAAACUGUGCCGCAGAUGACGGAAGAAAUGCCAAAGGCUAUGGUAAAAGUAGAAGCUCCGCUUGGCGAAACCGAAAAGUUGAUAGAUGAAAAAAAAGUAGAAAUUUUAACAGAUGAAGUAGCACUGCCGGUUAAAACUGUAGACGAAAAAACAACAUCGUCUGAAAAAGUGGCUGUAACAGAAAAAUUAAAAGGAGCAUCUGGUGUUGAAGAAUCUGUGGAAGAAAUAAUCGCACAAACGAUAGAACCAGAACAAAAAAAAAGAAGGACUGAAACAGCAGUCGAAAGAAUGGAGGAAGAAAAAAUUGAAAAAGAAGAAGUGGCAAGUCAAGAAAUAAAAAUAGAAGAAUCUAAAAAAUCCGAAGAAUUAAAACAAAAGCAUGAUACUAAAGAGCAGGUAUUUGAAAAAGUAGAGGAAACACUAAAAACAGAAAGAGUCGUAGAAGAAUCACUAGAGAAAACAAAAGAAGAAACAAGUGAAUCAGCAUUUAAAGAAUCAAACGAGGCAGAAAGACAAAGAGAGAUAAUGGAAGCUUUAGAACGAAUAGAAGACUUAGCAAAGGCAGAAGAAAUGGCAGAGGAGGAAAGAAAACAGGCAAAAAUCAGUCUGAUACAAAAGACAGGCUCGCUGAUCAAUGCUCUACAACAACCUUUCAAAGAACUAACCAGUCUCGUGUCUGUAGCUCUAGACGAACCUCUUUCCUCGAGAUCGGAAGAAGAGAAACGAAGAAUUCGAGAAUUAACAGCCCUCAUACAAAUCCUUUACGACUUAAAAGCAACCAGCGCAUCAAUUCAAAACACAUUAUCUUCCUCUUCAAUCUCAGAACUUAAAACGCAAUUUGUUCAUCUGCUGGAAUCCUUAAUAAACGUAGAUCAAGCCACAGAAAAGAUUCUUCGUUUGACUCAAAAAGAGUUAGCACCAGCACUGAAAGAAAACGUAAUGGUAUCCUUGCAAAUACUUUCAGAACCUCUAAAAUCUCUUCAACGUGAACUCUCUUCUAUCCAAGAAGCAACUUCUCAGCUUCCUACAGAUUGUAUUCCACUACGUGGAAACGCACAAAAUGUAAACGAAGCGAUUUCUGAACUCGUAAAGGUCAUUCAACAGACUGCUGAAACGAAGAGUAUGAAAGUGGUCGAAGAAAUCAAAGUGAUGACGAAAACAAAAGAAGAAAAUUUGGAUAUCGAGGAAACCACAGCGAAACCUCUUGAAGAACUGAUAGAAGUCCUCAUGGUCUCUCAAGAACAAGUGAAACCAGAGGAUGCCUCGCCACUUGGUUCUGCUCCGCCUUCGAUAGAAUCAGCUGAAUUAACCAAACAACAAAAAUUAGAAGCAGAUAUCGCGAAGAAGAUAGUCAGUCCAAUACAAAAUCUUCGUGAAGCGAUUGCAAAGAUCGAGGAAGAGAAAUUGGAAGAAACUGAACAAUUGGAUUUGCCUACAAAGACAGCUGCAAUUAUCUUGAGUACUAUUAUUGAUCCUUUGGAAAAAUUGAAACAAUCUUUGGAUAUCUCUUCUCAGCAACAAACUGUAGAACAUGAAGAAAUUACGGAAGAAACACAAUCAAACGUUCCAUUUUUGCAAUCGCUACCAGUAGCCAAUAUUCUAGAAGAAUUGGAGAGGUCCAUUGCCACAAUUCAAGAAGAAAUGAUCUUCGAAGCGAAUGAGGAAAUGAACAAAUUAGAGGAUAAGGCAUUAAUUGUAAAAGAAAUAGACAAAUCGCUAGAAAAUCUCAAAUUGUCAAUCGGUGCGGUGCAAAAAAUAGUAACAUUUGAAACUGAAAGGGCAGGAACAUUUUCCAAUAUAGAAGAGACACCGGCAGUCGAAACAUUCAUUGAAUCGGUGAAUGAAUUAAGAGAAAAAUGUACAGCGAUUGUCAGUUCUCCUCCAGUAAAGAUAGAAUCUCCAGAAAAAAUUCGAAAAGAAGAAUUGGAGCAAGUUUUAGAAAUGAUGAGUCAGCCUAUUCAACUCUUGCGUGAAACAGCUUCUGAGAUUGAAGAACAGAAGACUGAUGAGGUACGAGCUUUAGAUGAAACAAGCAAAAACGUAGUAGAAGCUUUGAAACCUCUAGUGCAUCCUUUAGAAGAAUUGGAACAAUUAUUAUGCACAGCAAUUCAACAAAUUCAUCCUUCGAAAGAUGAAAAGACUGAAGAAAUAAAGAGUACUACUUUACCUACGGAGCAAUUAAAGGUUAGUCCUGUAUUGGAAGAACUGCAGAAAUCAAUUGUUAUGAUAGAAGAACAGAUAGCUGUACAACCGAAGAAACUUGAUGUGUCCACUACAAAAGUGGAAGCUUCUGUUGCCGAAUUGAUAGAAAGUCCAUUAAAAACUCUUAAAUCUGCUGUGACAGCCAUUCAAACACUUGAGGCAGAAGAAACCAAAGAAUUAACCAGUGAAGAGAAAACAACAGCCCUGAAAACGCUUGCCAAGUGUGUGGAAAAGAUAGCAAAUGUGUCUUCGGUGAUUUCUAGCCAACAAAAAGUUGAAAUUAGUACUUUGCAACAGCCACAAGUUGCUAAAAUAGAUAUACAAGAGUUUGGACAGCAAGCUCUCGAUAAUAUAGCAAGUCCAAUUCAAAUUUUACGUGAGACCAUUUCCAAACUUGACGAACAACAGACACAAGAGACUGAAACUUUAAUUAUGUCAGAAACGAAAGAAAUCGCUGGUGUUUUACAUACGUUGGUCGAACCUUUGGAACAAUUAGAAAAAUCUUUGUCAGUGGCUGUUCAAGAGACGAGCAUCGUUAAAGACGAAUCUACAUCAGACUUGGAGGAUGUCCAAUCCUCUAUGAAGUUGAAUGUCGGGCCUGUUUUACAGCAGUUAGAAAAGUCUAUUGGUGUAAUUCAAGAACAAGUUUCUUUGGAACCUACUAAGGAAGAAUCGAAAGAUAAAUUGGUAGGUUCUGUUGCGAAGACUAUAGAAGAACCCUUGGAACAAAUGAAAUCUUCAGUAGCAGCUAUUAAGGAGAUAAUAUUGGAGACUGAACAAACGGGUAAUUUAUCAGACGUAGACAAAAUUUCAAUUCUAAAAUCGUUCGCAAAAUCUGUGGAAGAAAUCGGUGAAAAGUGUUUAGCUGUAAUUUCCCAGCAACAGAUUGGCAUACAACUAGUCCCCAAAAAAAUAAAAGAGUCUCAAGUGGAGAUACUAGACAUGGCUGUCAGUCCUCUUCAACUACUUAGGGAAACUAUUAUCAAAAUCGAAGAAGAAAAAUUGCAACAAGUGGAAGCUCUCGAUUCUUCUAAAAUGGCUGCAUCAGAAAGUGCUUUGAUGAUCCUGGUAGAACCACUACAAAGAUUAGAAACUUCGCUAUCUUCCACUGUUCAACAGGCAAUCUCGACGGAACUCAACAGAAUUGAGGAAAUAUCUCAAGCAGCUCCACCUUUGCAAAAACUGGCUAUUCAACCUAUCGUGGAAGAACUUCAGAAAUGCGUAGCAUCGGUACAAGAACAAGUAAAAUUGCAAACAGUGGCAGAGCACUCCAUUGAGGAGGCUUCUAUCAUGCAAGCCACAGAAAAAUCGCUGGAAGACUUGAAUUCUUCUCUCGCGAUCAUUCAGAGUGUGGUAUCCACUGAACCAGGCGUAGAAGAAACACUGUCGGAGACAGAGAAGGUGACAGCGCUGCGACACUUCGCGAAAUCGGUGCAAGAACUAGAAGAAUGCAUGGCUAUGGUCAGUCAGCAUCAAGUGGACGCGAAGGAGACAGUGAUGGAGUCGAUGGAAGCUGAAAAACUGGAGACACGAGUUCUCGAAACGAUUAUCGUGCCGAUUCACACGCUGCACGAGACUAUUAUGAAGAUACAGGAAGACAGCACUGAAGAAAUUGGCACGUUAGAAUUGCAAAAAGGGAAUGUGCAAACGUUGACUCCUUUGAUGCAUCCUCUACAACAGUUAGAAAGAUCUUUGGUGAACGUGGUUCAACAAGCAAGUGACCAGAAACUUGAAUCCGUGGAACAAAUUCAAAGAGAAACUCCACAGACUAUUGUCCUUCGACCAAUUUUGCAAGAAUUAAAAGAAAGCAUUGUUAAUAUUCAAGGACAGUUAGCUACGAGCUUUGAAGAAUCUUCAAAAUUAGAGACUGCUAAGGAUUUAAAUGAAGCACUUGAAGAACUAGAAACAGCUACUAUCGCUGUUCAACAUGUAAUCACGCUUUCUUCGGAAGAGACUGAAGAAAUAAAGACUCAGAAGAAAUCUGCCUUGGAAGCUUUCGCUAAAUCGAUAGAGCAGUUAGAAGAAAGAUGUUCAGCAGUGAUAAGUCAGAAGAAAGUAGAAAAGAAGUUGGAAGAAGCUGAGAAGCAACAAGCAAAGAUGGUGGAUGUUGAAAUUCUUCAGAAGAUAAGUAAUACGGUUCAUGUUCUACGUGAGUCGCUUUCUCACAUUGAAGAAGAGAAAAUGCAGCAGGUAGAAGAAUUGAAAAUCCCUAAAGAGAAAACUAAUGUGAAAUUAAAUGUUCUUAUAGAACCAUUGAAUAUAUUGGAACAAGCUUUACAGACUGCAUUGCUAGAAGGUAAAGUGCUAGAAGAAGAGACUACAAAAGAGUUGAAGAAGAGUGAAAUUCCUGUUGAUAAAUUAAAUUUACAACCUGUAUUGGAAGAAUUCCAGAAAUCCAUCAUUACUAUUCAACAGCAAACGAGUGAAACCGCGACAAUUUCAGGAGAAGUUAGUGAAGUUAGCAUGAUGCUAGCAGCAGAGAAGUCUUUAGAACAGAUGAAAUUGUCUGUGGCAGCUGUUCAGGAAAUAACAAUUGCUCAGCAAGAUCAAACAAAAGAAUUGAGGACAGGUGAAGAAAAGUCUCGAUUGGAAGCUUUUGCACGAUCGAUGGAAGAAACUGGAGAAAAACUGUUAGCUGCAGUCAAACAAUACGAAGUGAAGAAAUCUGAAGAAGUUCCGGCGAAGAACAAAGUGGUCGAAGAUUUUGUAAAAACUGUCAUUGAACCCAUUAACGAGCUACAAACUACAAUUUUGAAUAUAGACAAAGAAAGUGAAUUAUUGGGGAAGAAGAAAGAAGAAGAAGUUGUACUCUUCUUGAGCAUGGUGCAACCAUUGCACAAACUCGAAGAAUCGUUCUUAUCAGCCAUGCAGCAAGAAGCAGUAACAAAAUACGAAACUGUCAAAGAAAUUUCUCAAGCAAUUCCAGCUUUACAAGAAUUACCAGUUAAAUUAACAUUAGAAGAACUUAACAAAAACGUGGCAGAAAUUCAGAAGCAACUGGUUUUUGCCAAGGAAACUUUAAGUUUAAUAGGAGAUACUGAAGACUUUGCUGUAAUAAAAAAUCUAGAAAGAUCAUUAAGUGAUUUAAGAACGUCCGUAGCUGUGGUGCAACAAUUGACAACUAUAGAAAAACCUGGCGAACAAAUUCUAGACGUCGAAAACGCGUCUGCGUUGCAAGCAUUUGGAAAAGCUGUGGAAGAGUUCAGAAAACAAUGUUCUGCGACUAUCUCAAAACCAAAAGUGAUUGCUACAAUUAUAGGAACGAUUCAAUUAGAGACACCACAGAAACUUGAAGCUCAAGUUUCAGAAACAGUUACUGUUCCUGCCAAGUUAUUACAAGAAUCCAUUUCGACUAUGGCAGAGAUUAAGCUUCAAGAAGCUGAAAUAUUGGAAACAUCGGAUACGAAGAAACCUAUGACGAUAUUAACCGAACUUAUCCCACCGUUGCAACGAUUAGAACAAUGUUUCGUUGCUGCGAUUCAAGGAGAACAUGUGAUAGAGCACGAUACGAAGAGUUUAGAAACUGAUAAAGUAUCAUUUGAAAAGACAACUUUAAAACCAAUUCUCGAGGAGUUCCAGAAAUCAAUCGCAGUGAUUGAAGAGCAUAUGAUGGUAGAAGAGGGCAUGCAAAGUAUGUCAGAGGCUGGCAAUGCUUCUCAAUUGAAGACAAUGGCACAGACGUUGAUAGACUUAAGAACUUCUGUGGCUACUAUUCAACGGGCCGUUGAAUUUGCUCCAGAAUUUUCAGAAAAAUUCUCUAAAACUGAAAGUGUCGCGGCAUUUGAAACAUUUGCAAAGACUCUUCACGAUUUAGUAAAACGUGCUGCCACUAUCGAUCAACAACAGAUAAUUAUCGAACCAGCAGCAGAUACUAUCUCAGAAGAAGCCUCAUCUUUGAAGACUUGGGCGGAUGUUGUUGAAGAAGCAAAUGUUCAAGUCACAGAACCGAGGAUUGUGGAUCAAGGUACCGUAGAAUCGCCUUCAGAAAUGGCUCUUUCAAUUUCUGAAGAAGAAACACAAACUUUGAAGAGUUUGGCUAAGCCGCUCAGUGAGUUAAAAGAGUGUCUGGCAAUAAUCGUCGAAGAAAGAAAAUCAAUGGACGCGAAUGAGAUUGCUCUGACGUUAUCCGAAAGAGAGGACAUUUCUUUAUUGAAGGCUAUGGCACAGCCUUUAUUAGAACUAAAAAACGUAGCUGUGUCUGUUAUCAACGAGCAAACAGCCAUUGAAUCUGCGAAAGAGAAAUCUUUUGAUAGUGAGGAAAAGCCAGAAACUACACUAAAUCCAUUAAUUGAACCUUUAGAAGAACUUUGCAAUUCGAUUGCAUUAAUCGAAGAUCGCAUGUUGGUUGAAUCUGUGGAAGAUCGACCAGUUGAUGAGGUGUCUUUGUUAUCUGCUUUAGCUGAGCCCUUGAUAAUUCUGCAUCGAAGCAUUUCUGUACUUGAAGAACGAGUGAUGUCUCCUGAAGUGGAACCAAUGCCAGAAGAAUCGAGUCAUUGGAUCACAGAAUGUUUGGCAGUUCCUCUGCAAGAAAUAGAAAGAUCUAUUGCUGAGAUUCGAGAGUGCGUUGUGGUGGAACCUGAGCCUGGACUUGUUGAAGAGAUGUCGAGGAUUGAUACACCAGAUUGGUCUGUCGUUGAGAAAUUGGUGCAACCGGUGGAAGUUAUAAAAUCGACAAUCAUUGAAAUGGAAGAAAAUAUUAUUAAAAAUACGAAAGCAGAGAAGGAAAAUGAAUAUGAGAUAGUGAAGACAUUGGUGCAACCAUUAGCUGACGUGCAGGAAAGCUUCCUAGUGCUGAAAAAUAAGACUGAUAUGAGUAUAGAGGAAGAAGAAGCUAGUAUCGAUGCUAUUGUGGAUUCAUUAUCUAAUCUUGAGAAGAGUAUAUCGUUUAUUGAAGAACAAGCUGCUGAAAAAUUACAAUUAGCUUCAAAUAUAACAGAAACUAUAAUUGGAUACUUGGCUGAACCUUUGUUGCAACUGAAAGAGAAGAUUAUGACAGUGGAAGAAUCUUCGACUGUAUAUCUUGAAAACUUGGAGAAACCGUUGAAAGGAUUACAAGCUGCUUUGGAAGCUGUCCUGUCUGAUCAACGUGAGGAAGUGCAAAAGCAGAAGAAAGAGAGUGUUAUUUCUAUGGAAGAAGUUACAAGAAUAUCGACGAAGUUGAUUCACUCUAUUAAAGAAGUAAACGAUUCUAUUGAGUCGAUUGAUAAUAAGAUAGAAAGUUACAAAGGUUUGCUAGGUCUAGAGAUUCAGAUUGAGAAGGAAGCUCUGAAUAUGUUGGCUAAGCCACUUGAACAACUUAAGCAAGGAAUUCAAAGUGUUUUAGAUAAACAAGAGAUUGGAGAAGGGCCGAUGGAAUCAUUGAAAAUGCUUCGAAAAGCAAUUGCGAUUGUUAGAGAGCAAUCUGCUGAUAAACCUAUAGCUGAACCCUCACAUUUGGAGAUUACGGAAAUUUAUGGCGUGUUAAAAACCUUGAACAUAAGUUUGUAUGAGCUGGAAGAUUCUAUCAAGAAGGUUGAAGCACUGUGGAAGGAUAGUUUAAGCGGAGAAGGGAUUGUGGAGCUCGAAACGCCUAUUUUGAAUUUGAUGAAUGAUAUAAACUUGCUUCGAGAUAAAUUGCUAAAUGUACAGGUAGUGUGGGAGGAGGAUAAAGAGAAAAAGAAAAGUAAGAAGAAAGAGAAAGAAGAAGUUGAAGAAGAAAUGAAAAUAGUGGACAAGGAAGAGGAUGAACGUAAGAAGGAAGAGGAAGUUGACAAACAGAAACAUAAAGAGGAAGAAAAGAAACGGGAGGAAGAACAACAGUUGAGAGAAGAGGAGGAGAAGAAGAAAACUGAGAAACUGAAGCAGGAGGAAGAGGAACGUAAGAAAAAGGAAGAAGCUGAAAAACUGAAGCAGGAGGAAGAGGAACGUAAGAAAAAGGAAGAAGCUGAGAAACUGAAGCAAGAGGAAGAGGAACGUAAGAAAAAGGAAGAAGCUGAGAAACUGAAGCAGGAGGAAGAGGAACGUAAAAAAAAGGAAGAAGCUGUGAAACUAAAGCAGGAGGAAGAGGAACGUAAGAAAAAGGAAGAAGCUGAGAAACUGAAGCAGGAGGAAGAGGAACGUAAGAAAAAGGAAGAAGCUGAAAAACUGAAGCAGGAGGAAGAGGAACGUAAGAAAAAGGAAGAAGCUGAGAAACUGAAGCAAGAGGAAGAGGAACGCAAGAAAAAGGAAGAAGCUGAAAAACUGAAGCAGGAGGAAGAGGAACGUAAGAAAAAGAAAGAAGCUGAAAAACUGAAGCAGGAGGAAGAGGAACGUAAGAAAAAGGAAGAAGCUGAGAAACUGAAGAAGGAAGAAGAGGAACGCAAGAAAAAGGAAGAAGCUGAGAUAUUGAAACAAAAAGAGGAAGAACGCAAGCAGAAAGAAGCUGAGAAAUUAAAGCAAGAAGAGGAACGUAAAAAGAAAGCAGAGGCUGAAAAACUAAAGCAAGAGGAAGAGCGUAGAAAGAAAGAAGAGGCUGAGAAAUUAAAGCAAGAGGAAGAGCGUAAAAAGAAAGAAGAAGCUGAGAAAUUAAAGCAAGAGGAAGAGCGUAAAAAGAAAGAAGAGGCUGAGAAAUUAAAGCAAGAAGAGGAACGUAAAAAGAAAGAAGAGGCUGAAAAACUAAAGCAAGAGGAAGAGCGUAAAAAGAAAGAAGAGGCUGAAAAAUUAAAGCAAGAGGAAGAGCGUAAAAAGAAAGAAGAAGCUGAGAAAUUAAAGCAAGAGGAAGAGCGUAAAAAGAAAGAAGAGGCUGAGAAAUUAAAGCAAGAGGAAGAGCGUAAAAAGAAAGAAGAGGCUGAGAAAUUAAAGCAAGAAGAAGAACGUAAAAAGAAAGAAGAAGCUGAGAAAUUAAAGCAAGAGGAAGAGCGUAAAAAGAAAGAAGAGGCUGAGAAAUUAAAGCAAGAAGAGGAACGUAAAAAGAAAGAAGAGGCUGAGAAAUUAAAGCAAGAAGAAGAACGUAAAAAGAAAGAAGAGGCUGAGAAAUUAAAGCUAGAAGAGGAACGUAAAAAGAAAGAAGAAGCUGAGAAAUUAAAGCUAGAAGAGGAACGUAAAAAGAAAGAGGAAGCUGAAAAAUUAAAGCAAGAGGAAGAGCGUAAAAAGAAAGAAGAAGCUGAGAAAUUAAAGCAAGAGGAAGAGCGUAAAAAGAAAGAAGAGGCUGAGAAAUUAAAGCAAGAGGAAGAGCGUAAAAAGAAAGAAGAGGCUGAGAAAUUAAAGCAAGAAGAAGAACGUAAAAAGAAAGAAGAAGCUGAGAAAUUAAAGCAAGAGGAAGAGCGUAAAAAGAAAGAAGAGGCUGAGAAAUUAAAGCAAGAAGAGGAACGUAAAAAGAAAGAAGAGGCUGAGAAAUUAAAGCAAGAAGAGGAACGUAAAAAGAAAGAAGAGGCUGAGAAAUUAAAGCUAGAAGAGGAACGUAAAAAGAAAGAAGAAGCUGAGAAAUUAAAGCUAGAAGAGGAACGUAAAAAGAAAGAGGAAGCUGAAAAAUUAAAGCAAGAGGAAGAGCGUAAAAAGAAAGAAGAAGCUGAGAAAUUAAAGCAAGAGGAAGAGCGUAAAAAGAAAGAAGAGGCUAAGAAAUUAAAGCAAGAAGAGGAACGUAAAAAAGCAGAAGAGGCUGAGAAACUGAAGCAAGAAGAGGAACGUAAAAAAGCAGAAGAGGCUGAGAAACUGAAGCAAGAAGAGGAACGUAAAAAGAAAGAAGAGGCUGAGAAAUUAAAGCUAGAAGAGGAACGUAAAAAGAAAGAGCAAGCUGAGAAAUUAAAGCUAGAAGAGGAACGCAAAAAGAAAGAGGAAGCUGAAAAAUUAAAGCAAGAAGAGGAACAUAAAAAGAAAGAAGAAGCACAAAAAUUAAAAGGGGAAAAGAAGCGUAAAAAGAAGGGAGAAACUGAGAAUCUAAAACAGGAGGAAGAACGUAAGAAACAAGAACCUGAACAAUUAAAACAGGAGGAGGAGGAACGUAAGAAGAAAGAAGCAGCUGAGAAAUUAAAGCAAGAACAAGCACGUAAGGAACAAGAAGAAAAAUUAAAACAUGAUGGAGAUCGUAAGAUAGAAGAAGCUGAGAAAUUAAAACAGGAGGAGGAGCAUAAGAAGAAAGAAGAAGUUGAACAAUUAAAGGAAGAGGAAAUGCAUAAGAAAAAGGAAGGAGCACAAAAAUUAAAAGAGGACAAGAAACGUAAAAAGACAGAAGAAACUGAGAAAUUAAUUCAGGAGGGGGAACGUAAGAGGGAGCAAGAAACUGAAAAAUUAAAACAAGAAGAAGAGCGUAAAACAAAAGAAGCUGAGAAAUUGAAACAAGACGAAGAUCUUAAGAAGGAGGAGGAAGACAAACGUCGGAAAGAAGAUCAAGCUGAAAAGUUAAGACAGGAAAAAGAACAGCAGGAGCAAGAGGAGGCUGAGAGAAAGAAACAAGAGGAAGAAGCACGUAGAAAGAAAGUGGAAGGAGAACAAAAGAUUGAAUCGGAGGCAUUGGAACAAAAAGAAGAAAAGUUACGUAAAAGGAUAGAAAAACGAAGAUUACAACAGGCGGAAGAUGAGCGCACGGAACGGGAAGAAGCAGAAAAACGGAAGAAGGAACAAGAGCAGAGAAAACGCGAAAGGGAAGAGCGUGCGAAGAAAGAGGAAGAGGAAAGACGCAAACAUGAGGAAGAGGAGUACAAAAGGAAAGAGGAAAGGGCGAAAUUGAAAAAGGAAGAAGAAGAACGCAGGAAAGCUGAAAAAGCAGAAAAGUUAAAGAAAGAACUGGAACGAGAAGACCAGAGACGAGAAGAAAUCAGGCGUCGAAGAGAAGAACAAGAAAAACAGAUAAGACAAGAAGCCGAGAAAGUUAGGAAAGCUGAAGAAGAACGGUUAAGGAAAGAAGACGAAACGCGCGAACGUAGAAGAAGGGAACGUGAACAAAGAAGACAGGAAGAGGAAGCGAAAUUACGCAGAGAAGAAGAAGAGAGACUUCAAAGAGAAGAAGAACGCAGAAGAAAGAGGAAAGAAGCUGAAAGACAAUGGAACGAAGAUAAAGAAUCUAUGAGGAGGAGGGAAACUGAACGUUUGGAAAGAAGAAGAGCCGAAGAGCGUCAGAAUAGAGAAGAAUCUGAGCGUUCGAGGCGGGAAGACGAAGAAAGGAGAUGCAGAAGGGAAACAGAAAGGCAAUUAAGAAGAGAAGAAGCAGCGCGAGAAAUGAAGGAAGAAGAAGAACGCGUAAGAAGACGACAGGAAGAAGAAGCAUCCAGGCUUCGUAGACGAAGACAAGAACAACUAAGAGACGAUACUUGGUCCAAAAUAAGACAAAGCGAAUCGGAUCAAUUAUUUAGAAAAAUGGCGGAUGACGCGCUUCGAAUUGGAAGAAUGAAAGCUGGCUCUUCUGACGUGGAAUUUUGGCGGGACAGGCGAGACAAAUCUUAUCGACACGACUCUGGUUUCGAUUCGGGGCUCUCUAGCACUUCUAGAUCGUACAGCUGGAGAGAUUCCCUGACAUCUUUGACCAGGAAGAGAAUCGAUGAUUUUCUUGAUUAUAAACUGAGGGAUACUCCGAUCGAUAGAUACUACUAUGAUACUGGGACGUACUACAGAAGAAGAAGAAAAAGGGACGAUCAAAUUACUCGAACAAGAUCUAUUAGUUUGUUGAAGUACGAUGACUAUUCGACGGGUGAUAGUGACACGACUAUUACAGCUGCUACUGUUAGCAAACCACCGAGAUACACUAGCAGAACAAAGACUAGUUCACGAAUUGAUUUGGACGACCGUGGUUCGAAUUUGUCUAUAUAUUUGCCGCCUAUCAAGGACGAGCUUACACCACGUGACAAGGGAAAGAAGCCAUCGUUCUGCACAAGAUUGACGAAUAGAACCGUAGGAGUUGGUAUGAGGACGAGAUUAACCUGCACCGUACUUGGACACCCAGAACCAAGAGUUUACUGGACAAAAGAUGGCGAGAGGCUUGACAUAACUACGAACAAAUAUAAAACUCGAUUCGAUAAUGGUAUGGCUUAUUUUGAAUUGCACGAAGCACUCCCUGAAGACUCCGGAUUGUAUACCUGUGUUGCCGAAAAUAUUCACGGAAUCGCGACCACCGAAUCCACAUUAAAAGUUUAUCCCGAUUUCCAACCAGCAUUGUCACCCCCCACUUUUACAAGAUCUAUCAAAGACACUUAUCGACCAUCCGACAAUGAGCUGAUCCUGGAAUGUCGAGUUCGUGGCCAUCCAAUACCGAUCAUCUCCUGGUUGAAAGACGGUUGCAUUCUUCAAGGCGAUCGAUUCAGACAAUGUUACUUAGACGACGGUAUCUACCGGUUGGAAAUUGCUGCACCCAAUUCAACGGACAGCGGUCGAUAUACCUGCAGAGCAAUGAACGAUCUACGAACCGAAGAGAUAUCGCAUGUCGUUCAAUUCAACGAACGGGAACGACGAAUCGUGGGCAAACACGAGAAAUCGUUCGACGACUACUUCAACAUCGAAACUUACAAGAGACCGCGAUUUUCUAGCUAUUUGAGCGAUUACAGCGUUCCCAAAGGCGGUACUAUCGCCUUGCAAGUCGAAGUCAAAGGCGUUCCGGCACCCGAAGUAAGAUGGUUCCGCGGCGAAAGACGAGAGCCGGUCUCCAUCCCGAAAGCGAAGACGUUCAUAGAGUCUGGUGUUCACACGUUGGUUUUACCGGAAGUCACCGAAUCAGAAAGGGGCACGUACAUUUGCAGAGCUAUUAACGCUUAUGGCCACGUAGACAGUAUCGCUACUGUAGAUGUAAUAUCACCUAGCGCCAUGGAUGGUGAAAAGCCAGCCAUGUUCGUUUCCAGACCCUCGGAAAAAUCGAUUACAGUUACUUCCGGAGAGGACGUCAGUGUUUCCUUUAGGUUCUGUGGAGUACCUAAACCCCGUGUUACGUGGAUGAAGGGAUUAAAAGACAUCACGGACGGUCCUCGAUCUUACAAAGAAACUAUCGACGAUUACGUGAGACUAACACUGAAGAGAGUGGUACCUUCGGACGAAGGCACGUACUGCAUUUUGCUUAAGAACAGAUACGGUUGUGACAGAAGUUUCUUUUCGAUCAAGGUAAAACAACGGGCAAGAUCUCUGACACCUGACUGGAGCACUUUGAGCAGUCGUACCGAGACCGGAAGUUGCAUUGGUCUGUCCAGCGAGAGUCGCGACGAAGAUCUGCCCUACGUGAAAAAUGUUCCAGGACCAAUUACGAGCGAACCGGUGGUAGUUGACGGAGGAAAGAACUGGUUGUCUUUGAGUUGGGGAAAAGCAGAAAGGAGAGGACCAGCGCCUGUCAUCGCAUACAAAGUCGACGCUUGGUUGCUGGGCAGUGACGGUGGCGCACGAUGGGUCGAGCUGGGUAUGACACCAAUCAACGCGUUCGACGCGUUCAAUCUGAAACCCGGUGGCGAGUACAAGUUCCAAGUAACGCCAAGGAACCGUUAUGGAUGGGGCGAGUCCGUCACUAUGACGAAUUCCGUCAAGGUCAGCGAAAUCGUCGAUCUUCCGGAGUUCACGAAGAUUUUGCCAGGUCAGCUCAAAGUGCUCGAGGGGGCCACAGUCAAAUUGGAAUGCGAGAUACGGGCUGAUUCGAAGGUAGACAUAAAAUGGUACCACGAAUCGAUGGAAAUUGAUGCCAACGGUGACUCUAGAUUGUCGAUUUAUCACAGUGCAACCAGGUGUUGUUUGACGAUUGAAAAUGUUCAGGAAAUCGACAGUGGCAGAUACGUUUGCGAAGCGAGUAAUUCGAUUGGAAAGGUUUCGUCGUUCGCUAGGGUACUCGUUGUUAACGAUCCCAAGAUCAUUGAGGCUGAUGAGAAACUUAGAUCGAGAGGCUUGGGAGACGAAACGGAAGACAGACCACCGCAAUUCACAAUGAGAGUUCGAGAUAGAAGAGUUCAAGCAUCCUUUCCAGUUAGACUCACGUGUCAAGUGACAGGAUAUCCGGCUCCAGAAGUCACGUGGUAUAAGGAUACCGAAGAGAUUCGACAAGAUGAACGUCACGUAUUCUGGAACAAUGAUUCGAACUUCCACACCCUGGAGAUUAUUCACUCCAUGUUGGAAGAUUCCGGCUGUUACAUGGUUAUGGCGAAGAACGCGAGUGGUUCGGUGUCCUGUCGAUGUAUCCUGGUAGUAGACAAAGGAAUUCGCGCUUACAUUGCUCCAGAAUUCCUGUGUGGCCUUGACGCUGUUUAUACCGUGAAACUAGGCGGAGAUCUGCGGAUGACAGCUCAAAUAGAAGCUUAUCCCAGUGUUGGCAUCGUAUGGCAUCGCGACGGAAUACGUUUACGUCCAAGCAGAAGAGCUGUAAUGACCUUGAACCACGAUGGUACCGUCGAGCUGUGCUUGGCCAAGGUCACUCAAAGGGAUGCUGGCGUUUAUUGUUGUACAGCUACAAACGAGGUUGGCUUUGCCGAGACUUCGACAAGAGUAUCCAUUAUUGGCACUGAAACGCAAGAUGACGAGAUGUCCGCUGAAGGAGUGCCAACUGUAACGAUAGUGUCCACGCCAGACAUACCAUACUCGAAGGAACCUCUCUUCGUCACAAAACCACUGUCUACCGAGGCGAUUGAAGGCGACAAUGUUAUUAUAUCCUGUGAGGUGGUGGGUGAUCCGAAACCGGAAGUGAUGUGGCUGCGCGAUUUUCUCAGGCCUGAUUACUACAGGGACGCAGCCCACUUCCGGCUGGUCGGCGAAGGACCUCAGUAUCGACUGGAGAUACCGUACGCGAAACUCGACUUUACGGGAACGUAUUCCGUAAUAGCGCGGAACUGCCAUGGGGAGGCCAAAGCCGUGAUUUCUUUGCAGAUAUACGCGAAAGGUCAAGGCAAAGAGGAGAAAAUGAAGAAAUCAGGGGUCACACACGGAAAGGUGCUGACUUUGCCGAUAGUUACGAGGGAGCUGCGAGAUCUGAGAUGCUGCGACGGCGACGCUGUUACCCUUGAAUGCAAAGUACACGCUACUCCCGAGGCGCCAUUGGUGCGUUGGGAACGUGGGGGGAAGAUUCUACAAAUGGGUGGCGAUUUCUCCGCUGACUUUGAUGGAGAAACCGCGCGUCUGAGCAUCCAACAUGUUUAUCCGGAAGACGAGGGCGAAUAUACAUGCGUGGCAUAUAACGACCUUGGAAAAGCAUUCACGUCAGCCUGCCUAAUAGUAGAUGUGCCUGAAGGGAAAGAGAAUGUUUUGAGCCAAAGAUUGACGAGGCCCGCAGGACUUCUAUCGGCCGGAUCGACGCCGAGAUCGACGCCACGCUCAACACCGAUCAGGAGUUUGUCUCCUGCAGUUUCGCAUGGUCGAGAAUUAAGGUCUCCGCAGCUUCUUCCACGAAGUAGGUCGAUGUCAAGACGGCCAAAGAUCAGUCCACCGAAAUUUUACGCAGUUCCGCACAAUCGCGUGGUCGAGGAAGGGGAAACCGUGCGAUUCCAAUGUGCUGUAGUUGGCCACCCGUCACCAUGGGUGAAAUGGGACAAAAAUGGCAUAAUUGCUACGCCAACCGCUAGAAUCUCGAUAAAAGAAAGAGACGACGUAAAGAUACUGGAAAUCGUCGAAGUGACCCAAGAAGACGCAGGACUGUACAGAGUGAUCGUGGAGAAUGAUUAUGGUCGUAUCGAAGCCAGUGCCCGCCUGGAAAUAAUUAAUCGUCAAUUACUUGGGUCGGUUGCCAGAACAAUCAGAACUAGGAGCGCAUCGCCUAGAACGUAUCCGUCAUUUAGCCGAAGCCUCUUAGACACAACUAGCAGAAUAAACGGAAGAUUAUAUCUCGAUUGCGGUAUUAGAGGAACGCCUAGUCUAACACCAACGUGGUUCAGGAAUGGACGCCCGUUGGAACGAUCGAUUCGAGUAAAAAGGUACUUCGACGGAACAACUGCGAAAGUCGAAAUUUUGAAAGUGAAAGCGAGCGACGCGGGUGAGUACACCUGCGUGGCAACGAACGUCCUUGGUUCUACAAAGAAUUCUUGCCAGGUGACCGUUCUUGAUUCUCAUAAUCCGUCUACGUGCGACAAAGAUCCGCCGAAAUUCUUACAGUCUCUUCCAGAAGAAUCGAUCGUCAUGGAAGGUCACUGUUACGAACUACAGACGAGACUUGCGGGUACACCGCCUUUUUCGGUGACUUGGUUAAAGGAUGGUCGUGAGAUACCUGACAACGAUUACCAUAAAUACGUCAUAUAUGGUGACGGUGGCGUCGCACUAAGAUUAUCCAAUGUUUGUCCACAAGAUGCUGGCGAGUAUACUUGCCUCGUUCGCAAUAAUUUCGGAGAGGUGUCUAGCAACGGCCUGUUUGCUGUUCAAGAUUACAAAGGUAUUCCGAAAUUGGCGCCGCAGUUCACGAAAACACCUGUGUCGGUCAUUACACCGAAAGGUGAGACUGCCUGUUUCUGUGCUCGGGUGCAAUGUGGAAAACCCAUGGAAAUCACGUGGACGAUCAAUGGAAAGGACAUCAGAGAAAAUUCAAGGUGCAAGGUUGAAAGAGACGAUAACGUUAGCAUUCUUAGGAUACAUGAUGUACAACCGCGAGAUAUCGGUGAGAUUCGAUGCACCGCAUCCGUGACUGGUAAAGGACCGUCGAUUAGUUGCACAGCAGAACUACGAUUCCAGCGAACGGUACAGAAUUUCGAAGAAUCGAGACGUCACGAUACGCUGGAAAUUAACAACGAAAAGCCACCAAAAGCUGUUAAUUGUAGCCGUAACAAUUCUCUGCGAAAGACAAGAAGAGACGUUCUCUCUUCCUCUCGAAAUCAAUUACACGAGUCUCCUAUGCGAAUCAGAUCAUCCUCGUUGCCUCUCAGAUCUACUUCAAGUCCUAAACAACUGUCUCCUGCACCCGCGAGGAAGAAUAUUCUUCAAAGUCCGUUACUCGAUACCAGGAAAACACUGGCGACCAACAAAACGAAUAAAAGAAUAGUUCGCGGCUCGAAAAAGUUGGAACGUAAAGUUACUCAACAAGUGCGCUACAAAUCUAGUGAACACAGGAUUUCGUCGUCUUCAGACGAGGAACAAACAAGGGAUAUUUGUAAAGAAAAAUCUUCUGAAGUAUCGAACGAAAAGAUAUCAAAAUUAGUUGAAAACAAAGAAGAAUGUAUAACGAGUUCAACAGAGGUUUCUGAUCCGUAUAAGACUGGUAACAAUGCGAAACAAAUUCAAGAUAACUAUAAUAAACACGAUAAUACACCUAUAAUAUGCAUGGAAAGCGUUCUGCAAGAGUUGGAGGAGGAUUCGAUUGUAAAGAAGGAAGAAAUCGUGGCGAAAGAGGAGGAGAAAGUUACUAUUAGGUCGGAGGAAUUCGUGGCUGCCAGUAUCGUAAAGGUACCGGCUGACGUCACAGUUUUCCGAGGAAACAGAGUAGUCCUCAGGGUCACGUAUCGAGGUCAUCCGGAACCAGUCGUCAAGUGGCUACGGGCAGGUCGAGAGUUGACUGCAAACAAAAAGACUGCUAUUACCUACGGCGGUGGAGUGUCUUGCUUAAUAUCGGACGAUGUGACCGCUGACAAUGCCGGGAAAUACGAAGUGUCCGUGGAAAAUAAAUUGGGAAAGGACCGACGGUGUUUCAGCGUUGCUGUUGAAGGUCCACCAGACCCGCCAGCGAGUGUUCCAAACAUAUGCUGUUCUACAGGGGCAACGACCAUUAAUUGGCGAUCGUCUCCCUACGAUGGUGGUUGCACGGUUACCGGUUAUACCGUGGAAAUGAACCGUGCCGAUGAAAACACUUGGAUGACGAUCGCAGAAUCCUGUCUUUCGUUGAGUCUCACGCUACCUGCUGUUGGAACAGACACCGUGAUACCUGGUGAAAGAUAUCGUUUCCGCGUAAGAGCUGAAAACAUACAUGGGGUUAGCGAACCUGGAGAGGAAUCUGAAUUUGUUCGAAUUCCGAAACAAGGGGAAACGUGUUUGCAAGACGACGAAGACGAAUUCAAGCCACCGUUCGAAGCUCGAAUAGUGGAAAUGGAAGAUGGACAAUUGUUUAAUCAUCGAUACGAGAUAUUGGAGGAAUUGGGCAAAGGUCGAUACGGAACUGUACGGAGGGUGGUGGAGAGAUCUUCAGGUACGAGCUUCGCGGCAAAAUUUGUCAGGACCAUCAAAACGAAGGAUCGAGAGCAAGUUCGAGAGGAAAUUAGAAUCAUGAACAUGCUGCGACAUCCAAAACUCCUCCUUUUGGCGGCUGCUUUCGAGAGUCCUCGAGAAAUCACGAUGGUUACGGAAUAUAUUUCUGGUGGCGAACUUUUCGAGAGAGUUGUUGCUGACGAUUUUACCCUGACCGAAAGAGACAGUAUACUGUUCAUGAAACAAAUUUGCGAGGGUGUCGAAUAUAUGCAUCAGAAUAAAGUGGUGCACUUGGACCUGAAGCCGGAGAACAUAAUGUGUCGAACACGAACUUCCCAUCAAAUAAAACUCAUCGAUUUUGGUCUAGCACAGACACUCAAACCAGACACACCGAUCAGAGUCCUUUUCGGCACACCAGAAUUCAUUCCACCAGAAAUAAUAAGUUACGAACCGAUCGGUACCGAAUCGGACAUGUGGAGCGUCGGUGUAAUCUGUUACGUUCUCUUAACCGGUUUAUCACCAUUCAUGGGCGACAAUGACGCCGAGACCUUCGCCAACAUUACUCGGGCUGACUACGACUUGGAAGAUGAGGCCUUCGAUGCGAUUUCCAACGACGCUAAGGACUUCAUUAGCAGCCUGCUUGUCAAACGAAAGGAAUCGCGAAUGUCGGCGAGGCAAUGUUUGGAACAUGCUUGGAUGGCGCAACACGCGGAAGCCAUGAGUAGGAUAGCUUUGCCGACAGAAAAGCUGAAGAAAUUCAUCGUACGAAGAAAGUGGCAGAAAACAGGAAAUGCCAUUCGUGCACUGGGAAGGAUGGCGAUACUUUCAGCGAACAGCAGACGAAGUCCGACAGCGACCGCAGAAUCCUCGCCAACCUCGGAUCCCAUUGAAUCACCACGAACGAUCGAUUUUGACGUUUCAUCGAACGAACAAAAAUCACGUGACAUUGAUGAUGCGAUAGAAAAGAACAACGGGAGCACGAACGAGCUAGAUACUCGAGAAAGGAACCUGUAUUCGUUCUGUUACAAGACAAAGAUGAACAUCUCGCCAGAGGAAACGUUAGACCCGUCUCAAAAGGAAGUAACAGGCGUAUCGUCGGACCUUGACGAGUCGUCAUUGAAAAAUGAACCGACGACGGAUCACGCGGGAUCGUGUUCUCAGGGAAAUGGAUCCGGAGGGACCCGAGAAACUGAUACAGUUGAGGAAACUGAGGGCCAGAACGAAGUUCAGUCAGAGGAACUGCUUCCUAUGGAGAGAAUCGAAGAGGAAACCGAAAUCGUGACGCGAUGUCAGGUCGAGGAGCGCACCUUGAUAACCGAAGAAAUUUCGAUUUUAACGAGUGUAACCGUGGAAGGAAAAAGUUUGAUCGACUCCAAUGACAAAUCGCAAUCUUAUCAGGAUUUACUUUGGGACGAGGUUACUACAAAAUCAACGAUCAAUGAUGAGAUUAAUUCUCCGGAAUUAGUGACUUCAGAAUGCAAACAAGACUCGACUUGGAACGUGGAAGAAAAGACGAUCAGUGAGGAUACAUUUAUGGAAAUAGACAAGGAAUUGAAGCAGAAGACGGACCGAGAAUCGAGUGUAAACUCGCAGAAGUCGCGUCGGGUUUUCAGAGGCGACUCGCGAGAUUCUGGGAUCGGAGAUUGUAUUUCCAAUUUAUCCGCGUCUUCGCAACAAGUGAACGAACUGGGUAUUUCGUCGAUUAAAGAAGAAGAGGCGGACAACGAAAAUAAUAGCGACAACCUUAAAAACGUGUUACAAAAGGUGGAGCAAUUUGAAAGUCGUAGGACAUCGCUCGAGGAAAUCAACGAAAUGUCAGACGUAGGAAACAUUGAAGUUUCGGACCCAAAGAAACAUACCAAAGGAAGUAUCGAGGUAGCUACACUGAGUGGUGUGACUAAAGCUUCGCGUGAAAUUAAUCGACAGCAUGAAGUGCCCGACGAAAUUGAGGACCCAAGGCUACUAAUCGGAAGAAUUCGUAGCAAGUUCGUUCCGACCGGAAACGUGAGUCGUACCGCCAAAUUAUUCGAGAAAGAGGCAGCAGAAUCGAAAUCACCGACGAACGUACCGCACGUGUCGCAACGUACAAAUCCUGUGGUCACUAUGACGCCAGGAAAACCACACAACGAGAGGAUACAAAAAGCUUUCGCCUUUUGGAAUAAAUAAGCCGUGAACGAGUGCAUAUGAGUCAUCAUCGAUAUCACUCGGAGAAUAACCGGUAUUUUUCGAUAAAUUGACGAAUAUUUUAAAAAUCGUUUGACUGAAACUUUAUGGGUUAUUACACCUAAAAGUGUUAUUUUCGUGUUUUAAAAGAGUCACGGAUGAAUAGAAUUAUUAAUAAUAUAUAAGUUGUUUUUUAAACAUCGAAACGUGCGUUGUGUUAUUACACAAACAAUAAUUUAAUCAUACACCAAACCUCGUUAAUAAUGACGAAAAUGAAAAAAAAAAGAGAAAGGGUAAAAACUGGAACUUUAUCAACGCGAUAGUGACGAGUUGAAGUUUAGUCUGAAACAAUUCUAAUCGCAAGAAAAGAAAAACAUAUUUAUUUAUUUAACGACAAGUUUCUUAUCAGCCCCACGUAGCCUGAGAUGAAUAUUUAUAGCAUAGGUACAACAUAUUUACAAUUUAUUUCAUUGCCAUUCUUUAUCUCUUCUUCUUCAUCGAAAUUGCACUGAAAAACAUUUCGGCGCAUUGAAAUCACGAAUAAGACUUGAUCCUUGACAUUUACAUUUUCUGUUGUGUAGAUAUCUUCGAUGAUUUCGAGAGUUUUGAUUUCGAGAUACUCGCAAAUUUAUUGCAAACGAGAAAGAAAGAUGCGUUUGCAUGGUCGAUGCGUGUAAAUAGCUGUCAGUAACAUUUUACAAGCGUAGAAAAUAUGUAAUGUAUUUAUUACUUCCUUUGCACCCUUUGCUUUCUUACUGAACGUAAGAAAGCGAUUACAUGUAUUAUUAUAAAUUACAUGUGAAUAAAAAGAAAUAAAAAUUC